AUGAUGUCCCUAGAGAGAGAAACUGGGGUUAUCAAUGGCCUUUUCUCGGAUGAUAUGCUUUUCUUGCGCCAACUGAUCCUUGAUGGUCAGUGGGACGAUGUGAUCGACUUCAUCCAGCCACUGGGCAGUGUCCAGGACUUUGAUAUGAAGCGAUUUGAAUAUGUUAUUAUGAAACACAAAUACCUGGAACUCUUGUGUAUAAAGUCGGAACCGAGUAUUAUGGCCAAUUAUGAAUUUACAGUCGAAGAAGUGGUAAAAUGUCUCAACUCUCUUGAAUCGUUAUGUCCGAACAAGGACGAAUACAGCAACUUGUGUCUUUUGCUUACAUUACCACGACUUUCGAGUCACAUCGACUACCAAAAUUGGAACCCAAGCAAUGCCCGAAUGCAAUGUUUCAAGACCGUCUAUCCAAUGGUCGAAAAAUUGAUGCCAUGUGAGAGAAAAAAUGAAAAUGGUAACAACCAAGUGGCUAAAAAUGACCGUCUCUUGCAGCUUUUAUUAAAAGGUUUGCUGUACGAGUCUUGUGUUGAUUACUGCCAAUCAAAAGCGACCAGCAAUGGAGACGACAUGGAAUUAAAAUUCGCAUCUCUUCUCAACGAUGCUGGCCUUAGUGAUGCCGAUCUCAGCCUUCUUUCUUGGUUACAGAGCAUCCCAGGGGAUACGUUUUCGUGUCCAUUCGAGCAGAAGACCAUGAACGUGGACAUUCGGCCAAUGACAAAGCCUUCACUAGAGGCCUCUUGGUCCGAACAAAUCCUAGUGACUCCCAUCAAGCCCCGCAUGUUUCCGCAUUCGCAUGUGCCCACCACGCGGCCGAGGGGCACCCCCGAGAUGAUGACUCGCUCCCUAAACCCUCAGUUUGACGGUUUGUCUAGCGGGUUGUGGCAAGGGCGGCGGGACUCUGGCGAUGGCCUCAGCCCCAUGUCACGGUCAAUGACUCCUGCCGCUCGGCUACACAACCUGAAGAAAAACCCGAUGCAAAUGUCUAUGGACAAACUCUUUGAGGAAGGGGAAGUUAUCAACACGCAAAGUUCCAUUUCUGAUGACUCAAGGUCCUUUCGGUCUUCCUCGUCGGUCACGUCGUCCCCGCUCCGAACCCCUAAGAAUGUAAAGUCUGGUUCGGCAGGGACUCCUCCCAGAUCAUUCUCGCCGGUCAAUACUUCAGUGACCGAUUCUCCUCGUCAUGGAAAGAUGAAUUCGAGCAUUACCAACUCUACCCCAGGUAUGACAACUUCAGCCAACACAGAGCUUUUCAAGGAGUACCAACGACAGAAACAGCGCCUGCAAGAACAACUGGACAUACAGGAAAAACAGAGGGAACUGUUCCAAAAGGAACUUAUGGAAAUUGAGCAAAAACAAACAAUGCUCAAUAGUGAUAACCGUGUGAAGGAAGAAGUACGGUUUUCCCCUCAACCAUUCAGUUCACCUGAAACAUCUGUAGUACGAUCCUUGCAGGGAACACCUGAUCUGGUAACAAGUACACCUAUUAAGGGGGAGCGGUCAUCCAGCCCUUCCCAAGGCAGCACUCCGGUGCAGUCUAACGCUUUGCCCAAGACCAAGCCCGUUGGAAUGGUCAAGUGCGUUGACCACAAUGUUACCACAGAUUCCAAUAAUGUUCCAGCUAAGUCUGGCGACACAAGCCCCUCAGUCCAACGACAGCACAGCUUGCAUGGUGUCCCUGCAAAAUCUGUUCAAAAUAAAUCCCCUGCUCAGAAGCCUCUCGGCCCUGUAAAAGGGGUUGCUCGAAGUGUAAGUGUUUCCGGGGCACCAACCGAAACUGGUACAGUGGAAAAAACACCAGAUCUUUUGAAAGCUGUGUCUUUAUCUCUUAGAGGUUGCUGCUGCUCCUACCUGCUGUACGGUUUACUUAUUUUCUUUGCUGUUUCUUGGCCGGGUAUUAUAGGUGGUAAUGUUGUUUUUUUUUUUUUUUUUUUUUUUCUCUUUCUCUCUUUCUCUCUCUCUCUCUCUCUCUCUUUCUCUCUCUCUCUCCACCCCAUAUUCUUGUCUGAUUUUCCAAAUAUCCAAUCGGAACUUGCUGCUGAUGGUGUCCUGGGAAGCAAUUUACAUAACCAAAUUUUGGGAAUCCUUCCUCUGGAAAGUAGUGGUAGCAGGGCGUUGACCAGCCCCACUCCCUCCUCCUCUUAUUUGUACCUUAUACCAAUACCCCACAAUGGGUGCAGUCUUUCUCCUUCAACUGGGUGGCAUGACUAG